AUGAAGAUUGCCGUCUGGGGUACCGCCGUUGCGGCUACUAUUGGCGUUUGCCAUAGCCAAACAUGGGACGAUUCGCAUGACCUUGACGACGCCGUGACGACCACCAUCACAAAUACUCAUUAUGUCUGCCCAUGCGCUACUGGCUUCGCUACGGCUCCUUGGAACUCCUACCCAACUUCAUAUACAUCAGGCGAAGCUGAGCUUCAAUGGCAAAAUACGGCACCACCUCAGGGUCCUCAUGCAGCAUAUCCUACAAGCAUUCGGUCAGUCUGGAUCGAUUGGUCACCUAACGGUUCGCUCGUUGCCUGGUUCUUUCUCUUGGCCUUCAAGCAGUCCUGGGAGACACUUCUCUACAUACUCUGUGCCAUCGUCGACAAGUACAAGCUCUUCAAGUACAAGCUCUCCAACCACAAGCUCUCCAACCACCAGCUCUCCAACCACCAGCUCUCCAACCACAAGCUCUUCAACCACAAGCUCUUCGGCCACAAGCUCUUCGACCACAAGCUCUUCAACCACAAGCUCUUCAACCGAAUCCACAACUACAACCGAAACGUUAUCCUCUACGACAACCACUACUACCACGACUACUACUACAACUGCUACUACAACGACCACCCCCACCACGACUACUACAACAACAACGACCUCCAGCUCCACAACAAGUCCUCCACCCUCAUGCGUGAGCGCCGCCUUUGCUUGCAAUCCUAG